AUGGUCCUUGUUUCGGGGAACGAGAGACAUGCCCAACAUUGGUUAUGGAAACAACAGACAAAUCAAGCACGUCCUCCCUCCGGCUACCAGAAGGUCCUCGUUCACAAUCCCAAGGAACUCGAGAUGCUCUUGAUGCAAAACCAAAAGUACGCUGCCGAGAUCGCUCAUGCUGUUGGCGCCAAGAAGAGAAAAGACAUUGUCGAAAGAGCGAAGCAACUAAACAUCAAAUUGACCAAUGGCAACGCACGAAUUCGCACCGAGGAAAAUGAA